AUGAAGUUCUCGGCUCUCUUCGCGUUUGCUCUCCUCGGCGCCGCCUCGGCCACCCCGCUCGGAUUCGGCGGCUUCCCCGGCUUCGGUGGAGGCUCUGGUGGCGGAUCCGGUGACGAUUCGGGCAGUGGAUCUGCUGGCGGAUCCUCUGGCUCCUCGGCCGGCGCUUCCAGCUGUGCCAGCUACACUAUCAUCAGCACUCGCGGUACCAGCGAGCUGCAGGGACCCUCUGCCGGAUUCCGCACCAUGAACUCGAGGCUGACGUCGUCGGUCUCCGGUGGCAAGGUCUACAACACCGUCUACCCCGCCGACUUUUCUCAGAUCUCGACUGUCGGAACCAACGACAUUGUCAACAAGGUCAACAGCGUCCUGCGCACCAACCCGAACGAGUGCUUCAUCCUCCAGGGCUACUCGCAGGGCGCCGCCGCCACCACCAACGCCCUCCCCAGACUCACGGGAGCGGCCUUUGACGCCGUCAAGGGGGUCUUCAACAUUGGCAAUCCCCUCCACAAGCGUGGGCUUGCCUGCAACGUCGACUCCAAGGGUGGAACCACGACGAGGGAUGUGCAGGGCCUCUCUGCCCUGCUGGGCCAGGGCAUCCCUCAGAACUGGGUGUCGAAGACCAUGGACGUGUGCGCCUUUGGCGAUGGUGUCUGCGACACGACCCACGGCUUUGGCAUCAAUGCGCAGCACCUCAGCUACCCGCUCGACAGCAACGUGCAGAACAUGGGCUUCAACUUUAUGAAGAAGCAGCUCGGACGCUGA